GGUGCCCGAGGUGGGCCGGGCCGCGGGGUCCGGCCGCCAUGGGCGCGCUGUUCCGGAGCGAGCCCAUGUGCCUGGCGCAGCUCUUCCUGCAGUCGGGCACGGCCUACGAGUGCCUCAGCGCGCUGGGCGAGCAGGGCCUGGUCCAGUUCCGGGACCUUAACCAGAAUGUCAGCUCUUUCCAAAGAAAAUUUGUUGGUGAGGUGAAGCGGUGUGAAGAGCUGGAGCGUAUACUGGUGUACUUGGUGCAGGAGAUCAACAGAGCGGAUAUUCCCCUGCCCGAGGGAGAGACCAGCCCUCCCGCACCUCCUCUUAAGCAAGUUCUGGAAAUGCAGGAGCAGUUGCAGAAGCUUGAGGUGGAGCUGAGGGAAGUCACGAAGAAUAAGGAGAAACUGAGGAAGAACUUGCUGGAACUGAUUGAGUACACACACAUGCUGAGAGUGACGAAGACCCUGGUGAAACGGAAUGUGGAGUUUGAACCCACUUACGAAGAACUCCCGCCCGUGGAGAGCGAGUCUUUGCUGGACUACAACUCCAUGCAGAGGCUGGGAGCCAAACUGGGGUUCGUGUCCGGCCUCAUUCAACAAGGAAAAGUGGAAGCCUUUGAGAAGAUGUUGUGGCGGGUCUGCAAAGGCUACACCAUCCUGACCCACGCGGAGCUGGACGAGCCUCUCGAGGACCCCGAGACGGGAGAAGUUAUCAAGUGGUGUGUGUUCCUGGUGUCCUUCUGGGGCGAGCAGAUCGGACACAAAGUCAAGAAGAUUUGUGACUGCUACCACUGCCACGUGUACCCGUACCCCAACACUGCCGAGGAGCGGAGGGAGAUUCAGGAGGGCCUCAGCACCCGCAUCCAGGACCUCUACACUGUGCUGCACAAGACCGAGGACUACCUGAGGCAGGUGCUGAGCAAGGCGGCCGAGUCGGUGUAUGGCCGCGUGGUGCAGGUGAAGAAGAUGAAGGCCAUCUACCACAUGCUGAACAUGUGCAGCUUCGACGUCACCAACAGGUGCCUCAUCGCUGAGGUGUGGUGCCCCGAGGCCGACCUGCACUCUCUGCGCCGGGCCCUGGAGGACGGCUCGAGAGAGAGCGGCGCUACCAUCCCCUCCUUCAUGAACACGAUCCCGACGAAGGAGACGCCCCCGACUCUGAUCCGCACCAACAAGUUCACAGAGGGCUUCCAGAACAUCGUGGACGCAUACGGCGUGGGGAGCUACGGCGAGGUGAACCCAGCUCUCUUCAGCAUCAUCACCUUCCCCUUCCUGUUUGCCGUGAUGUUCGGGGACUGCGGGCAUGGCUUUGUGAUGUUCUUGUUUGCCCUCUUGCUGGUGCUGAACGAAAACCAUCCCAGGCUGAGUCAGUCCCAAGAGAUCAUGCGCAUGUUUUUCAAUGGUCGCUACAUCCUCUUGCUGAUGGGCUUGUUCUCAGUGUACACAGGCCUCAUCUACAACGACUGCUUCUCAAAGUCGCUCAACCUCUUCGGCUCUGGGUGGAACGUGUCUGCCAUGUACAGCUCCAGCCACUCCCCAGCCGAGCAGAAGGAAAUGACGCUCUGGAACGAGAGUGUGGUCAGGCACAGCCGCCUCCUGCAGCUGGACCCGAGCGUUCCGGGAGUGUUCCAAGGCCCCUACCCACUGGGCAUCGACCCCAUCUGGAACUUGGCCACAAAUCGCCUCACUUUUCUGAACUCUUUCAAAAUGAAAAUGUCUGUGAUCUUAGGCAUUUCCCACAUGACUUUUGGAGUUGUUCUGGGCAUAUUUAACCACGUGCAUUUCCGGAAGAAGUUCAACAUCUAUCUGGUCUCGGUCCCAGAGCUGCUUUUCAUGCUCUGCAUCUUCGGAUACCUCAUAUUCAUGAUCAUCUACAAGUGGCUGGUGUUCUCCGCGCACACCUCCCGAGUGGCCCCGAGCAUUCUCAUCGAGUUCAUUAACAUGUUCCUGUUCCCGGCCAGUGAGACCAGCGGCCUGUAUGCGGGGCAGGAGUACGUGCAGAGGCUGCUGCUGGCGAUCACGGCGCUGUCGGUCCCAGUGCUCUUCCUGGGGAAACCUUUCUUCCUGUGGUGGCUGCACAACGGGCGCAGCUGCUUGGGGGUCAGCAGGAGUGGCUACACGCUGGUGAGGAAGGACAGCGAGGAGGAGAUUUCUCUGCUGGGACGCCAAGACAUCGAGGAGGGCCGAGGCUUGCCGGAGGAGAGCUGCCGGGAGAUGCCGUGUGAGGAGUUCAACCUUGGAGAGAUCCUCAUGACCCAGGUCAUUCACUCCAUCGAGUACUGUCUGGGCUGCAUCUCCAACACCGCAUCCUACCUGCGGCUCUGGGCGCUCAGCCUGGCCCACGCGCAGCUCUCCGACGUGCUGUGGGCCAUGCUGAUGCGCUUGGGGCUCCGCGUGGACACCACCUACGGGGUACUGCUGCUCCUGCCCGUCAUCGCCCUCUUCGCCAUCCUCACCAUCUUCAUCCUCCUGGUCAUGGAGGGCCUGUCUGCGUUCCUCCACGCCAUCCGCCUCCACUGGGUAGAAUUUCAGAACAAAUUCUACGUUGGUGCAGGCACCAAGUUUGUUCCUUUCUCAUUCCGUCUGCUUUCAUCAAAGUUCAGUAAUGACGGCUUGGCAUGAGCGUUCCGCCAUAACCAAUACACUUUCAGAUUUCUGAAGAAUUAUCAUGUUAGAGAAUUUCACUUAUGUCAAAUUUCUGAUAGGAAAAAUUCCUUCUUUGUUGAUUGCCUUAUAUUGCCAAAUAAUUCUGUAAGUUAUACCUCUUCCUCAUAUGUUAACUAUUUUGUACAGUUUGUUUUCAGAUACAUAAAUUUCAGUUUUUAUGACGAGCAAAUAGAAGUCAAUGCCAAGUUACAGUAAAGUGGUUUUUAAAAUACAGGCUGGGGAAGGGCACCCACAUUGACCCACCAAUUCUGAGGGUUUCAGAUACUCGAUUCCUUCUCACCUGAUUAAAAAAGAUCACAGUUCUUUUGUCAUCCAGAGUGUCAGAUAAUGUUUCCUGCAGCUGAAGUUCAGUUUUUUAAAAGUUUCAAUAAUGACUCCAAUAAUAAAAACUUCAAUAAUGGCCUUUUGUAAAAACUUCAAUAAUGCCCUUCAGUCUUGAUGAAAAGUACAGGCAAUUUUUUUUUUUAUCAUCAUGUACUGUCUAGGGUUACAAGUGGGGGAGGUUUUUACAAUCUUGUUUUAAUAAUUGGUGAAAUGGGAUAAAAUGCCAUGUAAUGUGGCCGCCCCACAUGCAUCUUUUUGAAAGGGCUCAUUCUGCUCUUCUAACUUAGGGCUGAUGGUAACAUCUGAGCCCUGUGGGAGAGAAUGUGGAGCUCAGAGACCUGCACCCAGACCCAGAACCAGAAGGGUUUUUAACUGAGUGAAGGAAAGGUAGAAAUUAGUGGUUGGUAUAUUUUUAUAACAAAAUAUAGAUUAAGAUUUUUACCAUGAAGAGUUUGCACCUAUCCUUGAGAACAGUCAUAGUUUUUUUUUAAUUUUCAGACUAAUUCUGAAUAAAAGUCUGAUUGAUAAAGGCUUUAGAGUUAAACUUUCAAACACUUGAUCCAUUGAAAAUGCUUAAGUAAGCCGUUAUUUUAAGAUCUUUAAAUCCAUCUGUUUACUUGACAUACAGAUUUGAAUGAACGAGGCACUUGAUGAACAUUUUGGUCUAUUCUGUAUUUGUAAAUUGUUUGUUUUUAUCAUUUUUAUUCACUCCAAAGAUCUGCUGUGGCGCCAGAGCCUAUAGUUCAGUGGGGAAGGUGCUCACCUUGCACUCAGCCACCCGAGUUCAGUCCCCAGCACCACCUACGGCCGCUAAGCUCUGCCCCCAGACCCCAAAAUAAUUAUAGUAGUUGUAUGAAAACAAUUCUUUUUUUUUUUUUUUUUCAGAUUUCAUUUUUCCACGUAGAGGGAGAAUGGUUCAUCCUCUAAUGAAACCACAUCUGUUUGUUUUUCAAAGAUCAGUGUCAUGAUGGCCACAGAUAAGAUUCCCCCCAGCUACAGGGCACAGUUGGGUCCCACAGCGGUGCGGAGAGCCCCGAGACUUGGCAGUGAGGGCAGUUCUUUGAAAGGAUCCCCUUCCCUGAGGCCACCACACUGCUUUCUGGAGGGGCACCAGCCUCCGUCACCCUCUGUCAUUCUCUCAUGCCUCAGAGGAUGAGCCGAGGUGACUCUCGAUGCUUAGGAAUCCACUGUUCACUUUAGGGCCUGACUCAUCGUGGACAAUAAAAGCCACCUUCCACAGCUGUCUCGCAGCCUGCACUUCCAAACCGCUCCUCUCUUCAUUGAGAACUAGCCAGGUCUGCUUGCAUGCGUCUGGCAAAGCUCCAGGAAAGUUUUUAAAGAAUAUUCACUCAAGAUGGGGAAGCAAAGGGCAGUUCAGCAUAAUUCUCUCGCAACCAGGCCAUCACUGAACUGCGCUGAGAAUUUCUAGAAAAACUUGAAACAUUCUACUUGUUCUCUCAUGGGAAAACCCAACAGGGUCAGCCUGGCAGUCGCAGGGCCCCAGCCCGGGCAGGGCUGGCGGUGGACAGCUAAGGCCACGCGUGCAUGAAAGGACACGUUUGCUUCUGGCAGUCUCGCGCUUCCUUUUACUAAUGACAAAU